AUGACAGACAAAAGCAAGAACGAUUUAACAAGCAAAGCAAAGGAUAAAGUCAGAGGUAAUCCCGAGAAGCCACCAUACUGGUUUGAAAUCAUUGUCUCUGAUCCGCAGAAAAGAACAGGCGACCCAGGCUCCUCAUCUGGCUACGUAAGUUAUCAAAUAUCAACAAAGACUAACAAUACGGCAUUUUAUGAUAACCGUGGCAAUUUAGAGUCUAUUAUAGUUGUACAUAGAAGAUACAGUGAUUUAUUGCUCUUGCAUGAUAUUCUACUCAACGAAUUCCCUGCCUGCAUCAUCCCACCAUUACCUGAUAAGAAAGUUUUCCAAUACAUAGCAGGCGAUAGAUUUAGCCAGAGAUUUACACAAAAAAGAUGUCACAGUUUGCAAAAUUUCCUAAGGAGGGUUUCUUUACAUCCCGAUCUUUCUCAAUCAAAAGUUUUCAGAACUUUUUUGGUGAGCAAAGAUUGGGAAUCUCAUCGCAAAGUUCUCCAGGAGAGUUUACAGCCAAAUAAAGAUGAAGUUACUGAUGCCUUUAUGAAUGCUUUCAAAACGGUUCAUAAGCAAAACGAAGAAUUCACUGAAAUAAAGGAAAAAAGCGAUAAACUAGAUCGAACUGUGACAAAGAUAGACAAACUAUUUCAUAAAGUUGUGAAGAAGAACGAUUCGAUGUCCGAGGACUAUACAAAGUUAGGCACCAAUUUACAAGAAUUACAAGAACUGGUUACAGGUGAAAACGAGGAACUUGCUGCGAAGUUGAAAAUCUUUAAUGAAGGAGUAACACAGCUGUCCUACGGCUUACAAGAUCUUACGAAGUAUUUGGAUUACGAAUAUAUUGUUGACUUGAAGGAUCUUGAACACUACAUUGAUAGUAUGCGACAGCUGAUCAAAUUGAAGGACCAGAAACAAAUAGACUACGAAGAGCUGAGUGAUUAUUUGACCAGGUCAAUCAAAGAAAAAAAUAACUUGAUUUCUGGGUACGGAGGUAGUAAUUUUUUUGCUAAUAAACUAGAAGAGUUAGCGGGAAUAAAUCAAGAGGCUUCACGCAGAGAAAAAAUCAACAAAUUAGAAGGCAAGAUAACGUCACUAACAGGUGAACUAGAAAAUGCCAAAAAGGUAGCGGACGGAUUCGAACAAGAAUGCUUGAAGGAAAUAGACCAUUUCGAAAGUGUUAAAACAUCUGAAAUCAAGCAAUCUCUAGGUUCAUUAGCGGACCAUCACAUCGAAUUCUACGAACGGAUACUGGAAGCAUGGGAAAAAGUCGAUGAUAGUCUAUAA